UCAGGUUUAGUCGGCGAUGAAUGUGUGGUUUUGUUGUUGCUGAGCCAGCCGAUGCUGUCUGUUUGUUGGCCUUGGGCAGACGGAUUAGACAGGUGGGCAAGAUCUGCCAAAAUGCCACGACACUUGAUCGCUGCCCACUUCUACAUUGCAACUUAUCCUAUUUGUUUUACAACCCAGCGGACAGCGGGGCAGUACAACUUUCUGCUUCAAAUGUAGACUCAAUUUUAGCUUCAAAUGAGUUGGUAUUCAUCAAUUUCUAUGCGGACUGGUGCCGCUUCAGUAACAUGUUGGCACCGAUAUUCGAUGAAGCAGCCGAUAAGGUGACUGCAGAAUUUACUACCCCUGGUCGGGUAGUAAUGGGAAAAGUAGAUUGUGAUAAAGAAGGUUCAUUGGCAUCGAGAUUCCAUAUUACCAAGUAUCCUACCCUCAAAUUAUUUCAAAAUGGUCAGCCUGCAAAACGAGAGUACAGGGGUCAAAGAUCAGUUGAGGCCUUUGUUUCGUUUGUGAAGAAGCAGCUUGAAGAUCCCACUAAGGAGUUUGCUUCUCUCAAAGAUCUUGAAAAGCUUGAUGACAAGAAAAGAAUGCUCAUUGGCUACUUUGAUAGGCGAGACAAUCCUGAUUUCAAUACCUUCCGGAGAGUUGCAACCAAUUUGAAAGAUGAUUGUCAGUUCCACGUUGGAUUUGGCUUUUCUCAUGAAGCUAUUAAUUCAGUAAUCAAAGCUGCUUCAGAACAGAUGCAUCCUCCUGGUCAAUCCAUUGUCGUUUUCCGUCCAGACAAGGCGACAUCAAAUGAGCAUGAUGAAACCUUCAUGGGUGAUCUUAAAAGUUAUGAUGAGUUAAACAUUUGGGCAGCAGAAAAAUGUGUGCCAAUGGUAAGAGAAAUCACAUUUGAAAACGCAGAGGAGCUAACGGAGGAAGGUCUUCCCUUCUUAAUUUUGUUCCACAAAGCUGAUGACACGGAAAGUAUCAAGAAGUACAAGGAUGUCAUUAACAAAGAACUCCUUGAGGAAAAACAUAGCGUAAAUUUCUUGACUGCUGAUGGCGGCCGCUUUUCUCACCCCCUGCAUCAUCUGGGCAUGAGUCAAAAUGAUCUUCCCCUGAUAGCAAUUGACAGUUUUAGGCACAUGUAUCUGUUCCCAAAGUUUGAGGAUAUGGAGAUUCCUGGAAGACUGCGCCAGUUUCUUCUGGAUCUAUAUUCUGGAAAGCUUCAUCGGGAGUUCCACUAUGGUCCUGAUACACCUACAGAAAACACUGUGAAUCUUAUUGAAGGAAGUGUGGACAAGAAGCCCACAAACCCUCCAGAAUCAACUUUCAAGAAGCUUGCCCCAUCCAAAAACAGAUACACUCUUUUACGAGAUGAGCUGUAACUGUUGUAUUUCCAAUAAAGCCCAGUCAUUUCUCCAAUUGAUGUGCACAGAUCGGCGCAGCUAGUUAUUAUUUCCAUAACUUGCUUCGCUCGUGCAAUAUUAGUAAGUUGUUAAUGUGGCCACAUAUAUUAUUUCAAUCAGCUCUGUGUCAUUCACUUGUAAACAAAACAUUAUGUAAAAUUGUAAAAACAACAUUCUGUUAUUUUGCAAAAUUUAUUAUUUCAGUUUCUUGUAGUCUAUUUGUUUCAUAGUUUUGUCUUAGGUGUUCUUUGUUUCAUCAUUUUUUUUGUGAUCACGUUUUAGUUUCUCUAUGAUAUUUUUUUUUUUAUAUUUUAGAACCUGUGAGUGUGCGUGUGUAUGUGUAUGUAUGCAUUGAGUGACUUUAUGAUGGGAAUAAUUUUGGUUGAGGUGUACAUUAGGUAAACUUUCUGGGUCUGUGAAAUUCAAAAUUUUCAUGUACAUUUAAGCUUAGAUGUAAUUAUCUUAUUAGCAAAUUAAAAUGUGAUUAAGUUAGUGUUGAGUGGAUGACUUCUUUUAUCUGUGAAGCUGUAAUUGAACCAUAAUGCAUUGUAUAUGUAUUUUCACUGUUUUGGAGCUAAACAUAUCAUACAACAGGUUCUUGUUUAGUACCAAAACUUUUCAAUGUUUUUACAUAGUAUUUUCCUUAAUUCAAUUGUCUAAUGCCCAUAGUAUGAGGGUUUUUUUUAAAAGCACCUUUUGUAUGUGUUGUUAACACUACAAUGUAAGUCAUUAUGAGAUGAUUGUUUCGUUUUAUAUUAGUGCUUCCAUAGUCCAUUUUGCAAAAAAUUGACAUUUUCUGGGGCUUAUGUCCAUUUUUUUAAGAGAAAAGUGUGUCUAUAUUUGUCAGGAAGUUGUCACAUCAUGCAGGGAUACUGGUCCUUUCAUAUUUUCAUGCAAUCACUUAUGGCUCAGUAUGUAUUUCCUCUUUCUGUGGAAAUAGGUUUUUGUAAUACUUUCAUAUGAAUUGAAUUUGUUGAUGUUGCAAUUUCUGUAACAGGAAAUAAAAUUUUACUGAUGAAGGUUAUGUGAUGUUUUGUAUUUAAGGAUGUAACUAAUCAAUCAUAAUGCACAAAACUGUCUGAAGUUCAAUGCAGUGUCAAUCAGAUGGAUUGCCUAGGAAAGCAUUGAGAGUUUAUUAUCAAGUUACUGAAGAACUUUGCUAUCACAUGAUACCAUACUCUUGUAAGGUUGUUUCUAAUUCUAAACAAAAACUCCACUAAACUAUCAAUACCUGUUCAUGAAAUUUCAUCUUAUUACAUUGUUAUAGGAAUGAAACUCAGUAGAAUUUUAAGCAUUCAAGGACUGUGUCAUACCAACAAUAAAUGAUAAAAGGAGGGUGUCAUCUGAUUUGAUCUGCAAAUUUAGAUCAGUUUUGAGUGUUUUUUUUCAUAUUUGUAAAGUUCUUGUAGUUCUCAGACGCCAUAUGAUCUGGUUAAAAAGGCUGCUUUUGAUGCCGAGUAAAUGUCCCACAGAAAUGGUAAAGACAUCUGCUGUGUGUACAGUAAAAGCUUUUUAUUGUUCCCUUAUAGCUGUCAUUGUUUUUUCCUCUGUUUUCAAACUAAUUUUAAAGUGUAAUUAACUAUGGACUGAAACACUGGAAAUCUUUUGUAUCUUGUGUGCAUAAUAGAGAGUGAGCAUGGAACAGGGAA